GUGUGCUCAGCACUGAGAUCAUAUCUGAUAACUGACAUCCAGAACCUCCACAUUGGGGUUUAUAUUCCACCCAACUGAAUAUGUGGCUCCUCUUAGUUCUUCUAAGCUUUGCCACUUCUGCCUCCUGCCAAACUCACCCCCCACUCACCUACGACUGCCAACCUGCCAAGAAACCACAAUGCGAAGAACUCGAUUUUGUUCCGGGGCACAAUCUUCUUGGUAAAGGUUUUGAUAUAGUGACCAUGAAGCAGACCAGUGGUCAUCUGCUGGAUCUCCAGAAGUUUUCAUCAGAGGAUGAAACCUGCACUGUCUGUCACAACCCAUAUAUGGGCAUGACUUGGCAAAAGCUGCCCCUUGCAACGGUGGACUGGAGGCCCCAGUCAUUCUGCUCUAAAAAUAUCAACAGUGAGCUCUCCCAAUCUUCUACAUCGCUGGCCGAGGAAGCUGCAUCCGAGGUGAAAAAUGACUGGAAAGCUGGUCUAGAGUUGUGCCCUCACGAGGUGACCGCCAACCUGGUAAUGGCUGGUUCUCAGUCAGAAGUAGCAAAGUUUGGUGAGAGUAAGACCAGCAAAGAUCGUUACACCUUCAUCAAGCACCAUCUGAGUUGUGUCUAUUACAGCUUCCGACUUUCAGACCCUCCUCUACUGAGCAAGGGUCUAAGCCGGGCCUUGGAGUCUCUGCCACCGACUUAUGAAGCCAGCACUAAAGCAAACUACAGACGUCUAAUUAGCACCUACGGCACUCAUUUUAUCAGCCAAGCAGAUGUAGGAGGCCAAGUGGUGGAGGUCAACGCCAUCAAGACCUGUCAAGUCACCAUGGAUGGCAUACCAAUGGAAGAGUUAAAGGAUUGUCUUAACAUUGAGGCUUCAGUUGUAGUCAAUGGGAAAAGUGAAGCAAAUGCCAAAGCCGGCGCCUGCGAGGAACUAAGGCAAAAAUUCAACAGGGGGAAGCGUUUCCAUGAGACGUUCGAUGAGAUGAGUUGGGAGAUAAAAGGAGGGAAGAUUACCUAUAAGCAGCUCUCCUCUGAUGUAAAGAAUGGAGAAGGUUCAGCCUCUUUCAAUGCCUGGAUGGAAAGCCUAAAGACUGACCCCGAUAUCGUAUCCUACUCUCUGGAGCCCAUCCACCACCUGGUUGAAGCCAACAGACCUCAGAGAGAGAGCCUACAGGAAGCCAUCAGUGAUUACAUCUUGGAGAAGGCCCUGAGUAAGAGCUGCUCUUGCCCAUCGGGUUCCCAGCCGAGUCCCGGUAGAAAGUGCCAAUGCGUUUGUCAUGGUGGUCAAGGCAAAAACAUAAACUGUUGUCCCUUAAAAAGAGGUCUUGCCAAAGUGGUGGUCACUCUACAAAGUGCCUCAAACCUUUGGGGGGACCGCGGCUCGAGGGCUGAUACCUAUGUAAAAAUAAGUGCUGGGCCGAGUUCUGCUCAGACAGAGACCAUAUGGAACAACGAUAAUCCAAAAUGGAACACAACGAUUGACCUCGGAGUUUUGGAACUCAGUCCAGGGCUUAGCGUGAAGGUGGAGGUUUGGGAUGAGGAUAAUAAAUAUGAUGAUGACCUCCUUGGAAAAUGUGAAAAAACAAUCAACAGUGGUGUGAAGGAGGAGGUUUGUUACUUUGACUAUGGUAGUGUGACUUUUACAGUGAGUUUGCAAUGCCCCCCCCCACCUGACUGGACCCCUUUGUAAGGACUAUGCUCCUUCCACCAGUUAGACACGUCUUCUAUAGUCCAACCUCUUAUUUAAAGUGGUUGUAAAAUCAGAAGAUUUUUUUUAUCUUAAAGGGGUUGUAAAGGUUUGUUUUUGUUUAUUU